GGCAUGAUGUUUGCUCGGUCGCUUGGAAGCGAGCAUCAGUAGGGAUCUAACAUCACGACCCAUCACGACUAAAAAGCAAGGAAGAGAAAGCUUCGCCAGCCGUUUAACAGCUAGGCUUUUACCACCAUGGCCGAGGCAGAGAAGCAGCCCGAACAACCCAAGGCUGUCCAGCAGAAGAUGGUCAUCGCUAAUAAGGUCACAGGAACCGUCAAAUGGUUCAACGUCAAAAGUGGAUACGGCUUUAUAAAUAGGAAUGACACGAAGGAGGACGUGUUUGUACAUCAGUCCGCGAUAGUCAAAAACAACCCAAGGAAGGCCGUACGCAGUGUGGGAGAUGGCGAGGUCGUGGAGUUUGACGUAGUCAUCGGCGAGAAGGGCCACGAGGCCGCCAAUGUCACCGGUCCGGCCGGAGAAGCGGUGAAGGGUUCGCCCUACGCGGCGGACAAGCGUCGCGGAUAUCGCGGUAUUCAUUGGAUUUACCCGAGACGCGGCAACGGCCGACCUCAAAAUCGCAGACCGCGCGAAGGCCAAGAGGGCUACGAACAAGGUGAAGGCAAGAAUGGUGAUGACGUGAACGCGGCCGACGGCGGCGGCCAGUCACAGCAGCAACAGCGUCGUUACAGGCUGCGACGUCAUUACGACGGUUAUUAUCGUGGAGGACGGCGUUCCGGGCCCGCUCAAGCGCAGCAGGGAGAGAAUGCUGGCGAAGGUGGUGAGCAAGGAGAAGGAACCGGCGGCGAGGGUGUUCCGCCGCGCGGAAGUGGUCGUGGACGCGGUGGUCCAUCACGGCGCUUUUUCCGCCGCAAUUUCCGCGGAGGAAGAGGUGGCCCGCCACGGCGCCCUCGUAGCCAGGAUGGCCAGCGCUACGACCGCAGGACGCUCCUUUAACAUAUAACAUCGACACCCGUUAUACACUGCAUACACAGCAGCAGAUACAGCAGCAGCAGAAGCAACAGCAAAUAAUCUAUAAAACAAAUGCAAAAAAUCCAAAAAAAAAAAAAAAAAAAA